AUGGAAGAGCUCCGAUCUCUGAUCAGCGACGUGCCUGUCGUAUGGCGCGAGCUGGACCACCUCAAGCAAGCAUUCGUGGUGCUCAAAGCCAUCGCCGACUUCACCUACUGCGGUGUGACGCCUCUGCUUUUCGAUAAAUCUCAUCUCAGUCUACGAUCGCUGACGCUCGUUCCUCUCGUGGCGGUCUCCUUUGUGGCCGCGGAUGCAGCCAUGUACUUUGCGCUGGCCAAGUCGGCGGAUGCGACGCAGGUGUGGAUCGCUCUGCUGCUCGUCGCCUACAGCCUGGUGUUCUUCUGGUGGGCUCAGUACACCAUGUCAACCACACCGGGCCUCACCGCCGCAUUCUCGAAUGACGAGCCAGCGUUUUUGAUCACCAAUGGACCGUGGGCGUUCGUGCGGAACCCGCUGUACUCGGCAUAUCUGGCGUCGCUCGUGGCAGGCUUCAUUGUCACGAGCUCGUCGAACCAUCCUGACCACGGCCAUAUAUUCUUGGUCUCGCAUGCAGGAGGAAUCGCGCUUGCGGGUCUGCUGGUCGCUUUCAGCAUCUUCUAUCAGGCCAUCAGGGAGGAAGAAGGCAAGUUCAGCGCCAGUAAGCUUCGAGCCAAGCACGAGGCGUACAAGAAGAAGGUGUGGUGCCUGUUGCCGCUUUCCGACGUGUUUGGACGCUGA